CUGUGUGUGUAUCAUAGCGCUGCUUUAUUCCCUUAUUCGGUCGUCUGCCUUUAAAUCACGUCAUGUCUGCCUUUGUUAUGACUGUUACUGUGCGUGUAAGUGCUACACGUGUACAUUAGUUAUGUGUUAUGCAAGUACUGAGUUUAAAUUGUCCUCCUGAAAGUGUCGAAAUAGUCCCGCGGAUGGGCACAUGGAUGGACCUUCCAAAUGUGUGUGUACAUGUGUGUAUGUGUGAGUUAGGUAACCGGAAGUGAAGUAUGGGAGCAGCUUCCAGUGUGACCAGUGAGUCUACCCAAACUUCAGGAGAAAUGUACUCAGUUUUCAGGUCUUAAUGCCAGGCGUGCUCAGUCUACAGAAGCGACCCGUGUGAGUUAAAUGCCACUCAAGGCCAGUCUAUUCCUAAGGGAGCUGUGUGACUGCGGUCUGGAGCCAGGCACAUUUUCUUGUUUACCAAUGGCUUAGUUGUAAAGUUAAAGCUUUGGAAAUCAUUCUGGCCUCCGAAAGGUCUGUGUUACUGGUGAAACAUGCCCCUACCAUUUGGAUUAAAACUUAAGAGGACACGAAGAUAUACUGUCUCCAGCAAGAGCUGCCUGGUCACGCGCAUACAGCUGCUUAAUGGCGAAUUUGUUGAGUUUACACUUUCUGUGGAGAGCACGGGCCAGGAAUGUUUGGAAGCAGUUGCUCAGAGACUUGAAUUACGAGAGAUAAUGUAUUUUAGUCUCUGGUACUUCAACAAACAAAACCAGCAGCGAUGGAUUGAUUUAGAAAAGCCUCUGAAGAAACAGCUUGACAAGUAUGGACAGGAACCCACUGUUUACUUCGGAGUCAUAUUUUAUGUGCCGACUGUUUCCCAGCUACAACAAGAGAUAACCAGAUACCAGUAUUACCUUCAGCUGAAGAAGGACGUUCUAGAGGGUAGGAUUCCUUGCUCAAUUGAGCAAGCCAUCCGGUUAGCCGGCCUGGCUGUACAAGCUGAUUUUGGAGACUUCAGCCGCUAUGAUUCGCAGGAUUUCCUUCAAAAAUUUGUUCUUUUGCCCAUGGAAUGGAUUCAAGAUGAGAGGGUUGUUGAAGAAGCCACUCAAAAAGUUGCUCUGCUUUAUCAAAGUUACCGAGGUAUGCCAGUACCAGAAGCAGAAUUGUUGUACAUACAAGAAGUGGAGAAGAUGGAGGGCUAUGGUCAAGAAAGUUUUCAUGCGAAGGACAGCCAGGGUACAGAUAUCCUCAUUGGAUCCUGUCUGGAUGGAAUUUUUGUUAAACACAAAAAUGGCAGAGCACCUCUUUUAUUCCGAUGGAAUGACAUUAACAACAUGACUCAUAACAAGUCUUUUUUUGCCCUGGAGCUGGCCAACAAAGAAGACACCAUUCAGUUUCAGACUGAGGACAUGGAGACUUCAAAAUAUGUGUGCAGAAUGUGCCUGGCACGGCACAGAUUUUAUAAGAUCAACACAAGUACUCUAGAGGAAUCUGAUGCUCCACCUUCUGAAAGCUCCCAGAAGUCCAUUCUCACGCUAUCAUUUCCACGCUUUCCAAUGCUCUCUCGUCCCUCUCUGCCUUCUAACAAGGGCCAAGCUGAACCAACGCCAGUGAACCCAGUUAGACGCCGCUCCUCCACAAGAAUUUCAAUGCCCAAGCCUCAGACAUACAUGAUGCCACCAUCUCAGCUAAACUACAAUAGCCAUUACCGGGAACCUUACAAAUCUUCUCAAGACAAUCUUUACAUGAACAAUCACAACGGUUACUACUACCACUCUCAGACCAGUCUAGACCGCUCACCACAUGAGUACAAUGGACGAAUCCGGAAUGGCAGUGUUUACAGUGCCCACAGCACCAGCUCCCUUACUAACCCACAACACUACAUGCAGCCGUCACCCAUGUCCUCAAAUCCGAGCAUCACUGGCAGUGACAUCACACGGCCUGACUACGUGCCCUCUCAACGCCACAGCGUCCUGAUCCCACCCUCAUACCGUGCAACACCUGACUACGAGAGCGUCAUGCGCCAGAAAAACCACAACGCUAUGGCAGCCAUGCCUGAGCGUCACAGCCACUCUAUGAGAAACCUUAACAUUGGUAACUCGUACGCCUACAGCCGACCAGAUCCACUUGUAUACAGCCAGCCUGAGAUACGUGAGCACAGAGGAACAGCAGCUCAGUAUCCCCUCCACUACAGCUUUCACAGCCCAUCACCUUACCCAUACCCAGGCGAGAGGAGGCCAGUAGUGGGUGCUGUCAGCGUGCCUGAGCUCACUGAUGUGCAGCUGGCGCAGGCCCAUGCUUACCCGGCGCCCAACAUCAUGGGGGCUCAGGUUUACCGACCACCUCCACCAUACCCCUACAGCCGCCCACGGCCAGCCAACAGCACGCCAGACCUGUCGCGCCAUCUUCAUGCGAGCAGCAGCAGCCCUGACCUUAUCACGCGCCGUGUACACCACUCAGUGCAGACUUUCCAGGAAGAUAGUCUGCCUGUAGCGCACUCCCUACAAGAAAUGAGUGAGCCGCUCAUCCCCACCGUCACACGACGACCUUACCCACACAAACGCAACUCUAUUGAACUUGCUGGCCUGACGUAUGGCCUGGAAACAAUGAGGCUGAAGGAGAGGACUGUUACCGAGACACCGUCCAAGCUCACUCCACCUGUUGCUCCCCCGUCCUCUGCUUCUACCUCUGAGCUUGAUGUCUUCCAGGAGAGAACUGAGGCUGAGGACAUGAUUCUGAAAGAGGACGUGCAGUACGGCCACAAGAAAUCUCUGUCUGACGCCACCAUGCUGGUCCACAGUAGUGGAGAGGAAGAGGAGUUUGAGGAUGACAGCGGCAGACACACACCCCAGUCUCAGGAUGCAGUGGAAGCUCCCAAGGAACAUAUCAAUGUUCUGGAAAUACCUCUAAUGGAGAAGUCUUUGCCCGCCUAUCCUUUUAGCCCCAGUUUGGAUCAAGUCAUCCCCAACCCACUUGGUUUUCAACCCCAGCCUCGUAUCCGUGAGCAGGACGAGACAGGAUCUCUAUACCCAUUUAGUGAGACAGAUGGCUUAAUGCCUUCAGUUUCAGAGGGCGAUCUGACCAACCAGUGGCGAUGGAAGCCUAAAAGAGAGAUGCUCAAAAAAAGACCUGUCUCAGAUGUGCCGUCUGCACGAAGAAACAUUGAUGGCCUUCCACCACCUGGCAUGAAGAAAAGCGUUCGAUCAGAAAUAAAGAAGGCGGAAUCGAUUAAGAUUCCGUCUCUAAAUGGCUUGACGCUUUCCCAAACACCCAUACCUGAUGAGGGCAAAGACGAACAUGAGAAAGCCGCUAACGACGACCGGUGUAAGCUACUGGAGCAAAAGUUGGAGCAGGGCCUGGUGUUUACAGAAUAUGAGCAGAUGCCAAAGAAAUGGCCUAACAGUAAGUGCAGCAUUGCGGAGCUGCCUGAGAAUGCAGAGCGAAACCGCUUUCAUGAUGUCCUGCCCUACGAUGACACACGUGUAGAGCUUGUGCCCACUAAAGAGAACAACACAGGAUACAUCAAUGCCUCGCAUGUCAAACUUACAAUAGGGGGACAGGAGUGGAAUUAUAUUGCAGCUCAGGGUCCCCUAACUAACACAUGUCAAGACUUCUGGCAGAUGGUUUGGGAACAAGGGGUUAGCAUCAUUGCCAUGGUUACUGCUGAAGAGGAAGGAGGGCGGGAAAAGAGUUACCGUUACUGGCCUCGUCUAGGUUCCCGGCACAACACUGGUACAUACGGGCGCUUUAAGAUCACCACACGUUUUCGCACAGACUCUGGUUGCUACGCUACCACAGGCCUAAAGAUUAAACACCUAAUGACAGGCCAGGAACGAACUGUCUGGCAUCUCCAGUACACAGACUGGCCCGACCACAGCUGUCCCGAAGAUUUUAAAGGGUUUCUGACAUAUUUGGAGGAGAUUCAGUCUGUGAGGCGGCACACCAACAGCACCAGUGAUCCAAAGAACACAAACCCGCCUGUGCUUGUGCACUGCAGUGCAGGGGUGGGGCGCACUGGUGUGGUCAUUCUCACUGAGAUCAUGGUCGCCUGCCUACAACAUAAUGAGAUGCUGGACGUCCCUACGGUUCUAAGCCUGCUGCGACAGCAACGCAUGAUGAUGGUGCACACAGUUUCCCAAUACACCUUCAUUUACAAUGUUCUAAUACAGUUUCAUAAAAACUCCAGACUUAUAUAAGCUCACAUUGUUGGCGAUGUUGCCACACGCCUGGACAAUGUUGUUGUUAUAACUGGAACAGAUCAUGAGGCCCCACAGGAUUUUGCAGAGUGUGAAAGGGCAGUGUGCUGAAGGGAGACUGAGUCGGUCUGCAGUCGCCUUACUUGCACUCCAUGAGCACUUUUUUUCUCAGUAUUAGUGAAGGAUGAGAAGGAGCUAGGGCAGGUAGGAAGGAUGCUGCAAAUCAGCAUAUACAUUCUCAUUAAUCAGUAUUAAUCAGAUAUUUCACUGUGGAGUUUUACAGUAUACAAUUUGCUACUAAUGAAUCUCAGCACUUUUAUUUUACUACAAUGAGCAAAUGACACUAAUGCUACAUCUUUAUUGUUAUAUAUUUAACAAUAUUGAUUACUUUUUUUAUGGUUCCUUUUUUCCCUUAAUGCCUAUCUUGGUUGAUCGUUGAAGGUUUAUUGAGUUGAAGUAAAGCGUUAAAAGUGUGCAAGCUUGAGGGUGAAAAUGAAGGAUUCUUUUAUGUAUUGUAGGAUGAUGACAUUUGUCAUUUUUAAAUCUUAACAUUUAUUCAAAAUGAAGGAUAACUGAAGCUAUAUGGCUCUGCACUCUCUGAGUUUGCAUUUAUGUAUGCAGUCCGUCACAAAUAUGAAUGAAGUAAUGUGUUCUGCUUAAUCAUUGCACACCUUGCAUAGCAGUUAUGUGCAUCGUAGUUAAGGUCACAGCCAAAGAAAAGUUUAGAUUUUUAUGUGUGUGUAUAUAUAUUGAUUGCAUACAGAAGUAUUAUAAAAUAAUUUAUAAGUUCCAUAUCCCAUGUGUGUCACUAAGGUUUUAUUUUACUUCAAAACAGUUUUUAAUACAAUACUUUCAGCAAAAUAUUAUAACUACCAGCCAAAGAGGUGUCACUCAUAAUUUUUUGGAUUCUAUCAAAAAUAGAAUAGUUUUUUAGUCUAGAUCCUUCGACAAAUGAUAAUGUACCAAAGAAGCUGCAUUUUUCCAGCUGAUAUAGUUACCAGUGUUUUAUGGUUUCUUUUUGUUUUUGCCAAGCCUGAAAAAUCAGUUGUGUGCUGCAAGCGAUUGCAGCCUGUUGAACUAAGAACUAUAUUUUACCACAAAACUAUUUUAAAUUUUUAAAGCACAAAUCUUUUUUUUCUUUCUUUUUUUUUGCUUACGAUUAGAGCGAGGGCAAAAAAUCAAUCAAGAAUUACAAACAUUAACAAUGCAUCACUCUAAAGAAAAUCACUAUAUAGACAUCAGUUCAAUAUCGUCACAUUUCAGUUUGUUCAGGUUUCGUUCACUGUAUGAAUGCUACUGAAUUCAGCUAUCGUGCAUCGAACUUGAUGGAUGGUUUUGGACCCCUAGUGCAUGUAAGAUAAAUGAAUCAUAAUUUGUCAAACAUUUUAGCAUGUGUACUUAACUGUCACCACUGGCUGCUGAAUGCAUUUGCUUUGCUAAUACAUAACUCUGAUCAAUGCCAACCUAUCUUGUGUGUUCUGUCCAAACAAUUGUUGUAAAAUUGAAACAAUUGAUAAUAUAGAAUACUGUUAUCCCAAAUGAAGUAACAGGAUGACAUAGAUUAAAAUUAGUGUUUGAUUUAGAGUGAAGGAAAUGAGAAAUUCUAUUUUUAUUGAAAUAGGUAGUUUUCCACAAAUUAGGUGUAUACACAUGUAAACUUGGAGAUUAUAUGCAAUGGGAAGAUUUUUAUUUUUUUUUAAAUGUUUUCUAAAUAAUGAUUGCAAUCUUGCAAAUUUUAAUUAGGAUUUUGAUGUAAAAGCAAAUUGAAAUAUUUAAAGAGAUUUUUUAAAGAGAUUUUGACGCAACAUAUUACCUCAAUGAAAUUAAUUGUCUAUCAUAAGAGAGAGGUUGUAGUGUUCAAUAGCGUUUAGAGUUGCUGGAAAUCCACAAACAAUGCUAAGAUUUAAAACUUUCAGGGUAAAAAUCAGUCAAUGUCCAAUCAAUUCUGACAAUUAAAAAAAACAUUUUUUAUCAAUAAACAGGUGUAUUCAAUUAUGUACAUGUAAUUUGGUCUUUGAAUUUGGCAUGUUUUGCACUUCUACUUACUGUGCUUUGUUUGAUCAAGGACAGAUCAUUUCUUCACAUUUAAAUCAAUUCAUCUUUAUAAGUCGUAUACCUUUUUGACCCCCACCGCAAAUGCUGUUAUUUUGUACCACUUGAUUUGCAUGUAUAUUCAGGGUGCGCUAUGUCCAUUUAUAUAGGCUCAAACUACCUUUAUUUGGUGUGUGGAUGAAAGAAUUAAUGUAGAAUGCAUCAGGAUCACAUUAGAGUACACCAUUCCUACCAUAAUUAAGAAGAUCUGUCAUAAUCUACACCAUUACUGUGUCCCUUUUUUUGAACAUGAAUACCCCAUAUUCCCAGUUCUGUCCAAACACCUGUAAUAAACACUCGAGUGUAUUACAAAACCGUUUUAUUAGAAUGUCUGCAAUCUAUUUAUACUUGGUGAACAGCAUCUAUUUUUUCCAAACUGCCACCACCAAAUUUGUGCUAUGUUUACAAAAGAAAAAUUUUCCAAGCUGGAUUCAUGUGUUAGAAUUUACAGUUCCUAAUUCUCACAUUUAAUUUACCUUAAAUACAAUGUUACAGAGAGACAAAAGACAACACUGAUUUCUGUUUUUAGUGCUGUUUUGUUUUACUAUAUGUAAAGAAAAAAUGUUAAACACUUCAUGUUGUUAAUUGUAGUCAUAUAAAGGAUAUGUCAAUUUAUUUACAUUAGCAGUACCUUUUGUCCUAGUGUCUGUUUUGUCUCAUGGGUUGAGGAUGUAUCUUAUGGAUCCCAUCAGAAAUUAUAUCCCAAUGUAAAUUACUUUGAAAGAAAUGCUUUCAUUCAAUAAAUAAAUAUUUUAAAUACA